AUGGCCGGCAUUGCAGAUGUGAUUAUUAUAUCGUCCUCUCCGAAUCCACCACGGUCGCCAGGGCCAGCUAGGCAUGAUUCAAAACAGGUCUCUCAUCUCUUGCCACGAGGUGAAACGCCACCACAAAUACACCCGGCAGCCGAUUUGUCCAAACCUCAUACGCGCUCCCGGUUUUUUCCCACUCCAACCGCGAGCACCAAAUGUCGCGAGGACGUGACGAAGCCGAAAAAGCGAUCGAAUAAGAAGGACCCUACUUCAGACACCAGCAACCCAAUUGCAUUGAGCAAACCGCGGCGGAAGGCGAAGAAAGCCGCAGAUGCGCCAGAAACAAUUGCCCUUAGGGACCCCCAGCCAGAGACAGUUGGCACGAAGGAUGAUGCGGUGAAACCGGCCAAAGGUCGUUCUCGCAAGAAUGCCAAGAGCAAAGACUCGGGGAACAUGACUCUGGCUGGGAAAGUAACGAAGCCAAGCGGCGAUCCAGCAAAGAAAUCCAGCAAAGGUGGGAAGGCGGUUGCCACAAAAUUAUCCCCCUCGGAAGACAUGCCCGAGAAAUCUGCCCCCAAGGAAUCACAUGCUUUGGGGGGAAAUGAGGUAUUGCAUCUGGACGAGGCAAUGAGAAGAAGGAUGGACUGGACACCACCAAGGGAGACUGCUUACCAGGAAAUUGCUACCGUAAAUGAUGGUGGUAGCCAGGAUAAAGACUGUUAUCCGGACCUUACGGGUGGGUUUGGCAAGUUGCUAUCCGAUUAUAAUUACUCUGGGUCAGCUUUCAAUCCCCGUGACCUUGUACAGAAUGCGAAUGGCGGAGGACCAACAAAGCGUCGCCGAAUAGAGUUGGUCAAUCCUGAAAUUCAGGAAUUGCUCAAUGGAAGAUACUCUGAUUCGAGCGAUCAGACAUCUGCCCAAGGAGAGAACAUGGCAUCGGGAAAACCCAAGAAGACAUCCAAGGGCAAGCCUAAGAAGUUUACCACCUUGACGGCACGCAUGACCGCGCAAUAUUCAACAAUUGAUCCCGAAGAGGAUGAGCCGGUGAUUGAUUGCCUCCCAGACAUCAGAACGACAAAAGGAAGGCGAAGAAAGACUAAAGAGACAGAGAAAGAGCCUUCAUUCACUGUACUUUCCCCGGAAGCAGCUGUCGAAUUUCUGAAUGAUCAAGAUCUUGUAUUUGGUACCUGCAGUCAAUUGGAAACAGAUGAUUCGCCGCAGAUGCUGCGAGAAACUCAGCAAGCUAUUCGUGUCUCUGAGGGUCUAUCAUAUCCGGAGGCGCCCGAUAAGAACGCUAAAGCGAUCCAAGAAUCAUCUACCCGUUCUGUAUCAAGGUUGGCAGGUACCAGGAAUAUGUGGUGUGUUGGCGCCAGGGACACCGAAGGAUCUUUGAUUCAACCAGAAACAUUAAACGUGGUUGACUUGACUGGUGGGGGAGAAUCCCCCGCAAAGAAGAGUCAUGACAAUCCGGAACGAGCAAGUUACAACCCUCUUCAGGAGGAUUGGUAUGAUCUUGAAUUCGCCGACAUAGAUUCGCCCCAAGAACAGAGACCAUCAUCGCUAUCAUUGACCCAAAAGGGCCUGGAUUCAGACACACAAGCUCAGCUUCUGGCUCAAACGCCGGCACCUACAGUUACAGCUAUGCCCAAAGUUAAGCCCACAGCUGCAAAGCAUGUGAAGGGGACCGAUUAUAACCCGACUGAAGCGGCUAGUUCCCAGUCAACUGCCUCGCAGGCGCCCUCAAUGCCACAAUAUACCGGAUUUACAGACGCAGAAUUGUCUAAACAGGUGUCCGCUUAUGGCUUCAAGGCAGUCAGGGGCCGCAAGAAGAUGAUCGAUCUUCUUGAACAAUGUUGGAAUUCGAAACACGGUAGUAAUGCUACCUCUCACAGCCAACCUGUAUGCCACCCCGAGCAGCAAAAAGAACCUACCUCUAAAAUGGACAAUGUUCCAAACCCGACCUCUGAUGCGAAGGCGAAGACGACGGUGAAGUCCAAAUCUGCAACGUCUAUAAAGAACAGAAAAUUGCUUGACGCGACAAAAUCAACUUCUGCCUCACAACCCGAUCUCCAGGCAAGUCCAAAGAAAAACCUGAAAGGGAGACCUAUCAUCGGGACUUCUGCAUCAUUCAUUGAUGUAGAAGAGAUCCAAGACUCAGAAGAAGAAAUAUUUCCCUCUCCAAGUCAAGUGCAAAAGCACUAUACCGACAUCUUUUCAAAACCUAAGGCAGACAGCCGGGUACAAAAUCACUCCUUGGAUAUCCUCACAAAAACACCAUCACCAAGUCCGAACAAGCGCAACGUUGUUUCCGCUAAGGUUCCAGUCAAAAGACCGUCAUCCUCUGCAUCCCUCACAGGCACGCACACAACAGAAUCCUCUAAAGAAAUCAGCCUUGCGGAUAUAUCUGCACAGAUCACCCAAGCUGUUCGCAUCCAGCCUCGUCUCUCGCCACUGUCAUCGUCCCGUGGUAGCCGUAGUCGACCGACAUGGCAUGAAAAGAUCCUCAUGUAUGACCCUAUCAUCUUGGAAGAUUUCACAGCAUGGCUUAAUAUCGAGGGGCUUGGACUUGUGGGCGAGGAUCGCGAGGUUGGCACUGCGUCUGUCAGGGAAUGGUGUGAAAGUAAAGGGAUAUGUUGCUGCUGGAAAAAUAACGCCAGUUGGUAA